AUGGAUAGAAUCUCAGGCAUAAAAUCUGAUUAUAGGAUUCAUAAUGUUGAUAGUGUUGACUUUUCUGGUGUAAAGUCUUUCAACUUCCCAUUCCCAGCCUUGGUCAAGAUUUUAUCCUAUUUAUUUCAUCUUACUCAAACUUUAGCUUUAAUCUUAGUCUUAACCUUUGCAGACUUGAUCAUCACCAUCUUAAAUGUCUUAACACCUUCUCGUCGUAUCGGUCAAACUGUUCCACUUCCAUUUUCACCUGAUAGGCCUCCUCCUUUCUUUGAAUAUCCAUUUACAAAUGUGAUGUGUCAAGUUGCUAAAGUUUUGGGACCUGAAUGUCCAGAAUGGCUUAGAAUUUGGUCGGUUUGGGAUGGGAUUUAUCUUGAUGGGAAAUGGAAGGAGGUGAAUGUUGAGGAGGCAAACAAUGGAUCUCGAAGCCCUUGUCCGGCUCUCAAUGCAUUGGCCAAUCACGGAAUUAUCAACCCAUCCGGUCGAGAUUUAUCUUUUCACCAAAUCACUUCCGCUAUCAGUCGAACCUACAACCUAUCACCUACCAUAGCCAUGCAGCUCUUGUUAGGCGCUUACCCCAUCCUGGACGGUCGUAAAACUAUCAACUUAUCGGAUAUAUCAACUCAUGGUGUUAUAGAACACGAUGCAAGCUUAUUACGUCCAGAUAUUUACGAUCCCGAUUACAAGGGUUUCAAAGACACUCAGUCUCGUCCAUGGUCUGAUCUCAUCAACCGAUUUAUUCCAGCUUCGCCAUUACCUCUAACACCAAAGGAUCUGUCACAUGCGCUGACCAUUCGUCGCAUAGAAUGCGCUAACAAGAACCCUUGUUUUCAUCGCGCUUUGAACUUUGACCUUUUCGGCAGUGGUAAUUGUGGUUUGAUGAUCGAAAUCACUGAUGGAAAAAGAGAUGAGAUACGUACUUGGGCAGGUAUUGAUGGAAUUGAAAGGUUUGAACCUCAUUGGAGACCUUCUUGUCGUCAAGCUUUUGGGGUUAGCAUUCUACGUGCUCAAUACUUAAUGGCAAGGAUCGAGUUACACACGGGUACAAGUUUUGGUCCAAGACCUAGAAAUGUUUGA